GUGUAAAGUGCCAGUCCUGCUUUAGAACAGAGGAGAAAAGAGGUCGGCCAGAGUUUCUCUCCUCCCUCCAAGCAUAUUGGAUUAAUCAACGGCAAAACGGACGCUUAACAGUGGUGCUGGUCAAGACACAGAAUGGCUGCCCUGCGUCGACUGAGGAAAUGCCCCUCCACAGGUAUCGUUAUCUCUCAUCUUCACACCAGCAGCCGUGCCUCUGCCAAACAGCAUUACAAAAUGCUUGUGCUUGGAGGAGGGAGUGGGGGCAUCACAAUGAGUGCACGGAUGAAGAGGAUGAUGGGAGCUGAGAAUGUGGCUGUUGUGGAGCCCAGUGAGAUGCACUACUAUCAGCCAAUAUGGACCCUGGUUGGUGCUGGUGCAAAAUCUGUCGCCUCGUCAGGUCGUCCCACUGCAAGUGUU